AUGGCCUCUGUGACGCUCUUAGGGCGACUUCCCCAAGCUUGUGCCUCUUGGCUUGGCCUCCUGCUGCUGGUCUGCUGUCUGUGGCUCCCAGGUGCCCAAGGGCAGGCGUCCCUACUUCAGGUGGAGCCUCUGAACCCAAUAUUACCUCUUGGAAAGUCCAUCCUGGUGAACUGCACUGUCAGCUGUACCAAUCCUGAGAACAUUGCCCUGGAGACGUUCCUGUCCAAGGAGCCAGCAGGCAGGGGACCGAACUGGUCAGCCUUCUGGCUCACCAACGUGUCUGCUGAUGACGAUGCUAUCUGUUCUGCUUUCUGCAACGGCUCCCAGAUAGUAAAAUCCACCAGCAUCACGGUGUACAAGUUCCCGGAGCGCGUGGUGCUGGAGCCCCUGCCCCCCUGGCAGCGGGUCGGUGAGAACCUCACCCUGAGAUGCCGGGUGGACGAGGGAGCGCCCCGGGCCAACCUCACGGUGGUGCUGCUUCGCGGGGAGGAGGAGCUGCACCGGCAGUCCGCGGAGGGGGAGCCCGCCGAGGUCACGGUCACUGUCACGGUGCCUGCGCGCAGGGAGGACCACGGAGCCAACUUCACCUGCCGGACUGAACUGGACUUACGGAGCCGAGGGCUCGGACUCUUCGAGAACAGUUCGGCCUCCAGGCAACUCCGAACUUUUGACCUGCCAAAGACCCGCCCGCUCCUCAGAGCCCCCUGGAUUUUGGAGGUGGGCAGAGAGUCAAAAGUGGCCUGCUCCCUGGAUGGAGUGUUUCCGGUCUGGGAGGCCGAGAUGUCCUUGAAGCUGGGGAACCAGACGCUGAAUCCCGUGGUCGUGAGGAAUGGGGACAUGCUCAAUGCCACAGCCACGGCCACAGCGCAAGAGGAGCAGGAAGACGCCCAGGUUGCCUGCAUCGUGACGUUGGGAGGCGAGAGCCUUGAGGCCCAAAAGACAGUGGCCAUGUACAGCUUUGUGGAACCCAUCCUGAACCUGAGCAGUGCCAGUGCCCGGGAAGGUACCACGGUCACCGUGACUUGCACGGCCGAGACCCCAGUACAAGUUAUACUAGAAGGAGUCCCGAACACGGGCCUGGGGCAGUUCGCCCAGCUUCAGCUAAACGCCACUGAGAAUGAUGACGGACGCAACUUCUCUUGUAAGGCGGUGCUCGAAGUAAGAGGGCACACCUUAGAAAAGAACACAAAAGUCCAGCUGCAUGUCCUGUAUGGCCCUAAGAUUGACCGGACCCACUGCCCCCCGUACUUGAAGUGGAAAGAGAAGAGUUUGCAGGUCCUGAAAUGCCAGGCCCGGGGCAACCCGGUUCCUAAACUGCAGUGUUUGCAAGAGGUCUCUGGAAGCGUGGUGCCCGUUGGGACCCCAUUCUUCGUGAAGCUGACACACAACGGCACCUACCGCUGUGAGGCUGUCAGUUCGCUGGGCAACACUACCCUGGAAGUGGUGAUGGAUAUUCAAUAUCGGAACGCACAGUCUGUCACUAUCGCCAUAACGGUGUUAGUGGUCCUCAGCCUGCUGACUCUUGCAGUGGCCUCACUGUGCGUCUUUGGAGUGCAGAAGCGGAGCGGCACCUACCGCGUGGAACAAGGGAGCACCUCGCUGCCCCUUACAACUAGACAGCCAGAUGGGCAGUCGGGGGAGGAACCGUCCUGA